AUGUCUCCCGAACCACUCCAAAACGUCCGCCCCAUGUUCGAGCUCACGGGCCGCAACUACAUCGUUACAGGUGGUGCCCAAGGCAUUGGCUUCGCCUGCACACGCGCCAUCUGUGAAAUGGGCGGUAACGUAGCCGUUUUAGAUAUCCAAGACAAACCUGUUCCUGAGUUCGAUACACUUGCGGAGAAGUUCUCUGCAAAGACAGUGUAUAUCCAGACGGAUGUUACUUCAGAGCAGAGCAUCAAUGCUGCGUUUGAUAAGAUAUUGAAAGAGUUUGGAGAAAUCCAUGGUGUUGUUCCUGCGGCUGGUAUUGCCAUCGAUAAGCCAUUUUUGGAUCAGACGUGGCAUGAGUUUACAAGAAUUCAAGAGAUCAAUGUCCGAGGAACAUUCUUCGUAGUCCAAAAAGCCGCACGUCAAAUAAUCAAGCAGAACACUCCUGGAAGCAUUGUCAUGCUCGCUUCGCAAUCUGCCCACAUCUGUCUCCCCGGCUAUCGAAUGGCCGCCUACAACGCAUCCAAAGGCGGUAUUCUCAUGCUAUCAAAAGCGCUUGCCGUUGAACUCGCGCCUAAAGGUAUCCGCGUGAAUACCAUCUCACCUGGCUUUGUAGACUCAGACAUGACGCGGAAUGUUCGUGAGCAUAAGAGUAAGAGAGAGGGUGAGCAGAUGUGGUUGGCGCCGCCGAAUCAGAGACUGAGUACGCAGAAUGAUCUUACGGGGGCUGUUGUCUAUUUAUUGAGUGAUGCGGCGAAACAUACUACUGCGGCAGAUAUCCAGAUUACGGGAGGGUUGCAUGCGGGAACUGUUGAUGGGUUGAUUAGUUACGACAAUUAG